AUGGCCAACGAUCCGCGACAGAUGUGGGAGAACCUGCAGAAGAACAUGCAGAGAGUCCAGCAACAGGGCGCGAGAUUCGGCGCCGGUGGAGCUGGUGGUCCAGGUCCAAGAGGAGCUCUCACGGGUAUUGGAGGACUGAUCUUGCUCGGUGGUGGCGUCUGGUUCUUCAACAACGCUCUCUUCAACGUCGAGGGUGGUCAUCGCGCGAUCAAGUAUACCAGAAUAGGUGGUGUUGGCAAGGACAUUUACAGCGAAGGAACCCACAUCCGAAUCCCCUGGUUUGAGACACCCGUCGACUACGAUGUGCGCGCCAAACCUCGAAAUGUCGCCUCCCUCACCGGUACGAAGGACUUGCAGAUGGUUAACAUCACCUGUCGUGUCCUGUCCCGGCCGCGGGUGGAUGCUCUGCCGCAAAUCUACAGAACCCUGGGAACCGACUAUGACGAGCGAGUGUUGCCCAGUAUUGUGAAUGAAGUCUUGAAGAGUGUGGUGGCACAGUUCAACGCAUCGCAGUUGAUUACACAGCGUGAGAAUGUCUCAAGAUUGGUGAGAGACAACUUGGUGCGAAGAGCGGCGAGGUUUAACAUUCUUCUCGACGAUGUCUCGUUAACGCACCUCGCCUUCUCCCCUGAGUUCACAGCAGCCGUCGAAGCGAAGCAAGUCGCUCAGCAAGAAGCCCAACGUGCUGCCUUCGUUGUUGACAAGGCACGACAAGAGAAACAGGCCAUGGUCGUCAGAGCACAGGGUGAGGCACGCUCUGCAGAGCUUAUUGGUGACGCCAUCAAGAAGAGCAGAUCAUACGUCGACCUGAGGGAGUUCGAGAACGCCAAGAAUGUCGCCGCCAUCCUGCAGCAAGGCCAGAACAAGGUCUACCUGGACACCGAAGGUCUGGGUCUGAACAUUGCCACGACCGGUAGCGACAAGGAGAGGAGCAGGAAUAAGUGA